AUGGGGGACAUUGCUGAGCUCGGAUUGCCCCGCCGACCAGGGCGCAAGAAGCCCUCAAUUCAAUCGAAGCCCAAGGCUGCUUCUACUACAGCCUCAGCCCCAGUCGCCCCGUCUCAGACGCCUCGGACUAAGAAGAAAAGUCCUAUCACGUCAUGGUCCAUGUAUCAAGCUCUUCACGAUGAGGUAUCAAGCUUGCUAGUCGAGGUAGAUCUUCAUUUUGAGUUUUACGAGCAUGACGAUGAAGGGAGCUCUAUUCGAGAGCGUGACACAAACAUUAUGGGCCGUUUCGUGUGUCAUAACCAGACAUGUAAGUCUGCAGGGUGGUCGAGCAAGAAGAUCGCUACCACAAUUCGCCUAUAUCCAGGGCAAACAUACAAUGCCAGGGUAUACCAUCAACGCUGCAAAAUUUGCAAAUCGCUGAGUCGCCCGGUUUUGGAUCAGUCAUACGCCGAGAGAAUCGUUUACUGGAUUAAGCGAUGGAACGGAGUCCAGGUAGAGAGGCCUUCAGGAUCCCGCGACAGCAGAGGUCCUCACAACAGUGAACUUUGUGAGGGGUGUAGAGUUGGGCACUGCUCUCAAUCAGAUGAUUGGGUUACUCAGCUAGAAAUGUUUGUCCCUCCCAAGCCAGCAUAA